CCCUUCUCUCUCUCUCCCUCCCUCUCUUCUUGGGUGAGUUUCUGGUGGAGGAAUGGGGCUUUCAGGAUCUGUUUUGGGUUUCAUUCUAGUUGUUGCUGUGAGUUUCUUCUGUGUGGCUCAUGGGGACCCUCUUGUUCCUGCAUUGUGCAUCUUUGGGGACUCUGUGGUUGAUGUAGGAAACAACAACAAUCUCCAGACACUUAUCAAAGCAAACUUCCUCCCUUAUGGUAGAGACUUUGUCACCCACAGACCUACGGGGAGGUUCUGUAAUGGCAAGUUAGCCACAGACUUCGCUGCUGAGUAUCUUGGGUUCGCCUCAUACCCACCAGCUUAUCUUAGCCAAGAUGCCAAAGGAAAGAUCCUCUUGGCUGGUGCCAAUUUUGCCUCAGCAUCUUCUGGUUUUUAUAAUAAGACUGCCAAGUUAUAUGGUGCCAUUACAUUGGCCCAACAAGUAGAAUAUUACAAAGAGUGGCAAAACAAAGUGGUGGAGAUGGUAGGGAAAGCGAGAGCUAACGCCAUAUUCUCGGGUUCAAUCCACCUCCUGAGUGCAGGGAGCAGUGACUUCGUUCAGAAUUACUACAUCAAUCCAUUGCUCAACAUAUUCUACUCACCCGAUCGCUUCUCGGACAUUCUCGUGCAGUCCUACUCUACUUUUGUACAGAAUCUGUACGGGCUGGGAGUUAGGAAGAUCGGAGUUACAACUCUACCACCAACUGGAUGUUUGCCUGCAGCAAUCACUUUAUUCGGUUCAGGUAGCAACCGGUGUGUUGUCAGGCUGAACGGCGAUGCCAUUUCGUUUAACAAUAAGCUAAAUAGCACAUCCCAAGAUUUGCAGAGCAGGCUUCCUGGUCUGAAACUUGUGGUCUUUGAUAUCUACCAGCCUCUCUUGGGUCUGAUAACAAAGCCCACUGAUAAUGGAUUCUUUGAAUCAAGGAAGGGUUGCUGUGGGACUGGUACACUAGAAACAUCCGUGCUUUGCAAUGAAAGGUCUAUAGGGACAUGUUCAAAUGCUACAGGGUAUGUGUUUUGGGAUGGAUUCCAUCCUUCUGAAUCGGCUAACCAAAUACUCGCACAAGAUCUACUUGAAAAAGGAGUCUCCCUGAUCUCUUAA